GGAAAGAUGGCGGAAGGAGGAGCGGCUGAUCUGGAUACCCAGAGAGGAGAGGUCGCGGCACUGUUGAAAACACAGCUAAGAAAGGGAGACACCUGGUACCUGGUUGACAGUCACUGGUUCAAACAGUGGAAGAAAUAUGUGGGGUUUGAUAGCUGGGACAAAUACCAGAUGGGGGACCAAAAUGUCUACCCCGGACCUGUUGAUAACUCGGGUCUUCUCAGAGAUGGGGAUGUGCUGGCCAUCAAGGAGCACCUCAUCGAUGAGCUUGACUACAUCCUGGUCCCGACAGAGGGCUGGAACAAGCUCGUCAGCUGGUAUGGAUUGACAGACGGCCAGGAGCCAAUCUCACGCAAGGUGGUUGAACAGGGUAUGUUUGUGAAACACUGCAAGGUGGAGGUGUACCUGACGGAGCUGAAGCUCUGUGAAGACAGCAACAUGGACAACGUGGUCACCAGACGCUUCAGCAAAGCCGACACGAUAGACAUGAUAGAGAAGGAGAUGAGGAAGCUGUUCAGCAUCCCUGACGAGAAGGAGACCAGGCUGUGGAACAGGUACAUGAGCAACACCUUCGAGCCUCUCAACAAACCCGACAGCACCAUCCAGGACGCCGGCCUCUACCAAGGACAGGUUCUUGUAAUAGAGCAGAAGAAUGAGGAUGGCACAUGGCCCCGAGGCUCCACGGCACCCAAGUCAUCUGGUGCUUCCAAUCUCUCUGCUUUGCCAAAGAUCUCGCCUUCAUCUCUCACAAACAAUCAUAACAGCAGCUUCAACAGCAGGAAUGUGAAGAACUCGAGCUACAGUCUGCCGUCCUACCAUCCGUACAGCAACAGCUAUGAUUACUCAGACCAGGGCAGACAGAGCGAGCGCUCAGGCCUCUGCGGACUCUCCAACCUGGGCAACACCUGCUUCAUGAACUCUGCUGUGCAGUGUUUAAGCAAUAUCCCUCCGCUUACGGAGUACUUCCUCAAAGACAAGUACACAGACGAGCUGAAUGAGGACAAUCCGCUGGGCAUGAAGGGGGAGAUCGCCAGAGCCUACGCCGAGCUCAUCAAGCAGGUGUGGUCGGGCAAAUACAGCUACGUCACCCCCAGGCCUUUCAAGACCCAGGUGGGCCGUUUCGCCCCCCAGUUCUCAGGCUACCAGCAGCAGGACUCCCAUGAGCUGCUGGCCUUUCUGCUGGACGGCCUCCACGAGGAUCUGAACCGCAUCAGGAAGAAGCCUUACAUUCAGCUCAAGGACGCUGACGGCAGGCCUGAUAAGGUGGUGGCGGAGGAGGCGUGGGAGAACCACAUCAAAAGGAACGACUCCAUCAUCGUGGACAUCUUCCACGGCCUCUUCAAAUCCACCCUGGUGUGUCCUGUCUGUUCCAAGGUCUCUGUGACCUUUGACCCUUUCUGCUACUUGACCCUGCCGCUGCCAAUGAAGAAGGAGCGUACACUGGAGGUCUAUCUGGUCAGACUGGACCCUCUGGCCAAACCCACACAGUAUAAGCUGACAGUGCCCAAGGUGGGCUACAUCUCUGACCUGUGUACCGCCCUCUCCAGCCUGUCUGGUGUGCCUGCUGAGAAGAUGAUUGUAACAGACAUCUAUAACCACCGCUUCCACCGGAUCUUCGCCACCAACGAGAACCUGAGCAGCAUCAUGGAGAGAGAUGACAUCUAUGUGUUUGAGGUGGCGGUGAACCGGCAGGAGGACACCGACCACGUAGUGAUCCCAGUGCACCUUAGGGAGAAGUACAAGCAGUCGGGCUACAACCACACCAGCACGCCGCUGUUCGGACAGCCCUUCCUCAUCACCGUCCCCAGAACCCUCAGUGAAGAUAAGCUUUACAACAUGCUGCUGCUACGCCUCUGCCGGUUUGUGCGCUCUGCUGCGGAGGAGGAUGAGGAGGACUGUGAGGAGACACAGGCGUCCAAGCAACACGCUGUUAAUGGCAACGCCACCAAUGGACUCCUAGAGGAGGGAUCGCCUAGCGAGAUGGAGACUGACGAGCAGGACGACGAGUCCAGUCAGGACCAGGAGCUGCCCUCUGAGAAUGACAACAGCCAAUCAGAGGACUCGGUGGGCGGGGACAACGAACUGGAGAACGGUUUGGUUGGUCCGGAAAACUCCACCAAAGGCCAGCAGACAGCGGGGCACAACAAAAAGAGACUUUUUACAUUCCAGUUCAACAACAUGGGCAAGACAGACUUCUCCCUCAUCAAGGAGGACACCAGGCAGAUCCGCUUCGACGAGGGACACCUUCGACUCAGCGACCGCUCCUAUCUGUCCUUGGACUGGGAGCCAGAGAUCAAGAAGAAAUACUUUGAUGAGAGCGUCGCUGAGGACUUCGACAAGCAUGAGAGCAUGGAGUACAAGCCUCAGAAGAAGGCCUUCUUCAAGCUCAAGGACUGCAUCGAGCUGUUCACCACUAAAGAGAAACUGGGGGCAGAGGACCCAUGGUACUGUCCGAACUGCAAACAGCACCAACAGGCAACCAAGAAGCUGGACCUGUGGUCUCUGCCGCCGGUGCUGGUGGUUCAUCUGAAACGCUUCUCCUACAGCCGAUACAUGAGGGAUAAACUGGACUCACUGGUCGACUUCCCACUCAGAGAUCUGGACAUGUCUGAGUUCCUAAUCAACCCCAACGCCGGACCCUGUCGCUACGACCUCAUCGCCGUGUCCAACCACUACGGCGGGAUGGGCGGCGGCCACUAUACCGCUUACGCCAAGAACAAAGACGACGACAAGUGGUACAACUUCGACGACAGCAGCGUGUCUCCUGCCAGCGAAGAUCAAAUAGUGUCCAAAGCGGGCUACGUGCUGUUCUACCAGCGCCAAGACACCGUCAAAGGCACCGGCUACUUCGCCCUGGACCGCGAGGAAGAGGAGGAGGACGAGGAGGACGAGGAGGAGGAGGGCGAGGAGGACGAGGAGAACGAGCGGGAGGAGAGGCGGGAGAGGAAGAGCGCCUCCUCCUCCUCCGCGCAGGGAGCCUCCUCCUCGGCCGGCGCGGCCUCCCAGAGCGACGAGGAGGACCUGAACGAGAACCGGCGCCGGAAGAACGACAACGAGCAGGAGGAGGACGACGAGGAGGACGAGGAGGAGGAAGACGACGAGGAGGCGCCCAACCGGGACGUCGCCAUGAAAACCAACUGAGGUCGAGGAAGAAUCGGGGACAGAAUCCAUGGAGAGAGAGACUGGGAUCUUUCCAUCCAAAGCCAUAUGGACACACAGUAAGGCAGCGGGAGCCGUGACUUCCGGCCGCUCGCCAGGCGGCGCCGCCGUGAGGUCGAUGACUGUUAGGCCAGAGAGCCGCCGGGGUACGCUACGACAAGCAAUCAGGGCCCUCCUCUGUGGUUGGAUCACUGUGUGUGCGUGUGUGUGUGUGUGUGUAUAUUCUGUGUGAGAGUGUGUCGCCACGUCCAUUUGUUCUGUUUUUUUUUUUCUUUUUCUAGAUGAAUCACUCUUGUUUCCGCCCCACCCCGUCCCCAUUUCUGCCUCCCUCUCUGAAAAAACAAACAAAACAAAACAACCAGAAAAAAAAAAAAACAGGUCAGUGAACGAUACCAGGGAUUGAUUUUGAGGCUUCGCACUGCUUGUAGGAUUCAACGCGUUAGAAUAUCAGCGUGGAGCUCUGAACCUUCCUCCACAUUUUGUGUUUCUUGUUUUUUUUUUUUUCUUUUUUUUUAUAUAUAUACAUAUAUUUUUUUGAAAGCAAUGCAUUGUUGGCAUAUCAUUUUAUUCAUCAUUGUUCUCAUUUAGGCCUUGUAAAUAUUUCAAACACUGAAUUAUAUUGGGUUUUAAUGAUGCGCUGAAACCUUAUCUUGAACUUGUUGCACAAUCACCAACCCUCCACCCUCUUUUUUUAUAUAUAUAUACAUAUAUAAAUAGAUUUGUAUUAGUGCCAGACGUACUGCAAAUUGUUUUACACUUCUCUCAGAGGGUCUUCUCAGUUUAAAAAAAGAAGAAAAAAAAAAGCUUUGGAAGCUGCCUUUAGUAAACCAGCGGUGAGACGCGUCUACAGUCCAGACUCUGACGUAGAGAAGUGAUGCCCAUAGUCGUGUGGUUUUCUACAAUGUCCAACAGCCAAACUGUCCGAGCUUUGUAUUGCUGCUGCUGCUGCUGUGAUCUUGCAUUUUUUUUAGACACAUAAUCAAUGUAUUGGCAUGAACCUUACUCUUUUAAGGUCCUGCUUUUUUCUCUCUCUCUCUCUCUGGCCCCCACUACGUUGAUUUUUUUUUUUUUUUUUUACAUUUCCACCCACACCACUGAGCUGCAAAUUAAAGCAGGAUUGCGACAUCGCCCAGCUAACUCUACAAAACAGCCGGAUCAUUUUGUUUGCGCAUUGUCUCUCCGCAAAAAAUGAAUUGGAAAGCGGGCGCCACAUUUCAGAAAUGCCACGAGUCCAUCCAUAACAAGCACUGUGUUUUAAUCAACCCGGCAUGGUGUGCAGGGAUUGUGAUGAAGGUUAGCUGGCUGACUCACAGAUCCUACUUCACAAAUCUUCUCUUAGGCUCUCCCUUUUUUUAAUUUCUCGGUGGUAUUUAUAGCUUUACCAUGACUCUGCACUCUCUCUCUCUCUCUCUCUUUCACUCUCUCUCUCUCGCUCUCUCAUUCAUACCAGAGGCGCUGUGAGAUUAGGAACAUCGGUGAUUAAUGUUGACAUCAGAUGGCUCAUCUCUUGUUUGGAUCACCUCGGCCUUAACUCUUAAUCUCGGACUAGUCGCCUUUUCUUUGCACACACUCACCGCAUCGUCUGUCUGGCACGGCCCCCUCCACCUAGUGCAGAAACUCUCUCACACACACACAAGUCCAUAUUUUGCAUCGUAGCCACUUCAGCUUGAUUUUUUUUUUUUUUUCAAUCCACAAGAGGGCCAGAAUGUAUGCUGAAAUUAAUGACUAUUGAACAGAUGUAUGUGGUUGAUGCCUUUUUAAUUUGUUCAAAGGCCAGAGUAUUUUUUUUUCCCCCCUCCUCUGUUUUGGUUCCCGUUCUUGCUCUGGUUGAAUGUGAUGGGACUGGGUUCUCCGCCUCUGACUCCAGCUGUUAGGAGCUCACAGGUGCUGCUGUAUGUGCCCCCGUCCCGAGGGAAGAUGCUUCAUCGUGGUCCUGUGGUCGGAGCAUUGAGUAGGAGGGGGGCGAGACAGACAGACAGACAGACAGGCAGGCAGACGGGCAGACAGACGGGGAGGGAGGGAGAACUGAAAACCGGGGUGAGUCUGCUUAAAAGGCCUUGCAGCUCUUCAGGACGGUGAUACAGUGGUAAUAUUUUGUGGCAGAACGUUGCAGGAUAUUCUUCCAUCAACGUUACUCUUCAUAAAAUCUGUUCUCCAUGGUGGAGCGUGGUUCUUAUGUUUAGUUUUUCUCUAUCAUACCUGUUUUUUUCCAUUGUAAACAGCAUUACUACACCCGGUUUUGCCUCAAAAUAUUCAUGUGUAUCAUGCCUUCAUGAGCAUCUCUGUGCUUUGACUUCAGUGGAUUUUAGGUCGUCUCAUAGAGCUUCGUGGGAGACUCACCCCCAUCCUGAUUGAGUGAGAUGGGAUUACUAUUAUAGGCUGAUACAAUACUGUACAUAAGAGUUCACUCUGUGAGUGCACAUUUGAUAAAGUUUAUUUAUUUAUAUGUAAGCAUUUAAUAACAAAAACAAUGUAUUUAAGACCUUGGCAAGACCUAAAAUGUAUGGGGAUGCGGCUGAAGUCCACACACACUAGUUGAGAAGUCUUGCCUGUGCUCUCGUCGGGGAGGGGAGUCGGGAUAUUUUUUAAAAAAAAGUAUGGCUCUGUCGUUUGGGGACUUUUUUUUUGUAAAGAUAAUCCAGACAUCCUUGCAUGACGACAUGAUGGGGGUUUCCAGGUUUGGCUGCACUUGAGUUCACUUGGGUUUACAUUUGAAAUGUGCAUGUGUAUUUAUACACAAUCUUCAAUAAAGUUGUGUAAAGCUUC